CCCUCCCACGACGUCACACGGAGCCUUUCCUUCCUGCUUGCUUGCUAGCUUAGCUUCAGCUGUUGGCACUUGGCUGUCCAACUGGUGCAUUUGUGAUCCUCCAGCUAUCCCUUAACGAAAUCGGGUCGUAUUUAGGAGAUUUUACAAUAGUUAUAGUAACAAAAGCUGCGACAUAUAGACCAGGUACUUAUAUCAGAACGGCGUUCGAACCUCUGGGACAUGGCCAGACAAGAGCAAGUCCUCCAGCUUGAGCCACCACACGAACUGAAAUUUAGAGGUCCAUUUACAGAUGUCGUCACGGCCACCCUGAAGCUAGGCAACCCAACAGAUAGAAAUGUGUGUUUUAAAGUGAAGACGACAGCGCCUCGUCGAUACUGUGUCCGCCCAAACAGUGGCAUCAUUGACGCAGGCACUUCCAUCAAUGUAUCUGUUAUGCUACAGCCUUUCGACUAUGAUCCCAAUGAAAAGAGCAAACACAAAUUCAUGGUGCAGUCCAUGCUUGCUCCAUAUGACAUGACUGACAUGGAAGGGGUGUGGAAAGAGGCAAAGCCAGAGGAGCUGAUGGACUCCAAGUUGAGAUGUGCAUUUGAGCUCCCACUAGAGAAUGACAAAACUCAUGACAGUGAAAGCAACAAAAAUGUGUCCUCUACCCCCAUAAAGUCAGAGCUCUCCUCACUCCCUAAGUCUGCCAGCUCCUCCCUGGAUGACGGCGAGGUGAAGAAGAUCAUGGAGGAGUGCAAGAGGCUGCAGAUGGAGGUCCAGAGGCUACGGGAAGAGAACAAACAGAUCAGGGAGGAGGAUGGUCUGCGGAAGAGGAAGGUCACGUCCAUGGCGUCCUCCCCCCACUCAUCUUCCUCACAGGCCAUGAUAAGGGAGGAGGGCCUGAGUACCCGCGUGCUGGCGCUCUGCGUGCUGUUCUUCGUCAUCGGCGUCAUCAUCGGGAAAUUGGCCCUGUAGUUAUAGCCAGCGGCAGCAUGCUCGGGGGACCGAAAAAAAACAACAACAAUGGGAUGUGUACUUGUUUUUUGCAUAAUGCAAUAUCACAUGGGUUUAUUUGAGUUGUGAAAUUAUUUAACAUAAAAAAGCAAAGGUAAUCUAGUGAAAUAAUGAAAAGAACCGGUCACGAGUCGUCUUGCCUUUUAAUCACUGUAUUUUCCAUAACUCCAUCCCUACUUGCACAGAUACAAUACAAAUCAUUGUGUGGGGAUUGGGGAAAUUGCAACGUUGUGUUCUAUAAGUAUCAAUGAUGGCAUUGUGUGAAUGUUUUAAUCACUGCUUUUUUAAGGCAAGGAGACCGUGCAUUGUGUGAGUCGAGAGGCUGCCGGUGAAUUUUAGCAUGAAGGGGGAUAAUUAUGUAAAUCCUGUCAUCCAACUGAUUCCUGUAUGAAACAUAAAAUGGAUUUGGGGGGGUAACUGAAAAAUAAAAUGUUAACCAUAA